AGAAGACGCCACCCACUUGCCGUGCACGUGAAUCAGGGAGAAACACACGAGUCUGAAGCUAUGUCCAAAUCUAAACAGAAACGAGCAAAACGUCUCGGGUUUCUGGAGAAGUUUAAGGCCAAAGAUGGAGGAAAGGGUGAUACUUCAGGGAGGAGCAAGUCUUCAGAGCAGUCACCUGCACAGCAUGUCGGCAACGCCAGAAAACCAGAAGAAAAAAGGAGGCAAAGGCUGCAAGACCUCCAAGAAAAGCAGAGGAUUUCUAGAGAACAAUUGCUGAUGAAGAGGAGGAAUUUGCAGAGCUUUCAGAAUGACAUCCUACAGCGACAGAGAGAGUUUGAACAGAGGGAGCUGGAGAUGCAGAGUUUGGAAAAGCAUGUCAACUUUGAAAAUGAGAAUUCAAGAAAGGCAUAUUACAGAGAAUUUAAAAAGGUAGUGGAGGCUGCAGAUGUCAUUUUGGAAGUUUUAGAUGCACGUGACCCUCUGGGCUGCAGGUGUCCUCAGGUGGAGCAGGCAGUCAUUCAAAGUGGAACCAACAAGAAGAUCGUUUUAGUACUUAACAAAAUUGAUCUGGUGUCAAAGGAAGUCGUGGAAAAGUGGAUUAAGUAUCUUCGUAAUGAGUUUCCUACUGUGGCUUUCAAAGCGUCUACUCAGCAACAGAACAAGAACUUGAAACGCAGUAACGUCCCAGUGACACAAGCCACCACAGAGCUUCUAAGUAGCAGUGCUUGUAUUGGUGCUGACUGCUUAAUGAAGUUACUUGGAAACUACUGCCGCAAUCUGGACAUAAAGACCGCCAUCACUGUUGGUGUUGUAGGUUUUCCUAAUGUGGGCAAGAGUAGUUUGAUCAACAGUCUGAAACGGGUACGAGCGUGUAGUGUUGGAGCGACUCCUGGUGUCACUAAAUGCCUUCAAGAGGUGCAUUUAGACAAACACAUAAAGCUCCUCGAUUGUCCGGGCAUCGUCAUGGCAACUUCAACAACCGAUGCAGCAAUGAUUCUUCGUAACUGUGUGAAAAUUGAACAGCUCGUGGAUCCUCUUCCACCUGUUGAAGCAAUCCUCCGACGCUGCAACAAAGCCCAGGUCAUGGAACACUAUGGAGUUCCAGACUUUCACACAGCUCUGGAGUUCUUGGCAUUACUCGCCCGGCGCCAAGGCAAACUAAGAAAGGGAGGACUGCCUGACACUGAUAAAGCAGCAAAGAGUGUAUUAUUGGACUGGACAGGAGGAAGAAUCAGCUACUUCACACACCCUCCAGAGACACACACUCUCCCUACACACGUCAGCGCUGAGAUUGUUACAGAGAUGGGUAAAUCAUUUGAUUGGGAUGAGCUGGAAAGAGGAAAUCAGGAGGUUCUUGCAGACUCCUCGUGCCCUGAUGUUCAAAUGGGAUUCUGCAUAGAAACCACUGGAAUGACACAAGGUGACCAGAGUGAACCUCGCUUCCCUGACCUGGAAAUGGGCAGCGGCAGUAUGGAGAAGCAAGAGUUAUUAAAGGAUGAAACUGAAUCUAUGGAGGAUGGCCAGGAUCCAGAGUUUGGACCAAUGACAGUCGAGAUAGCAUCUCAGAAAGUGAGGACUGAUGCUGCAAAUGAUGCUGCACCCAGAGCUCCGAAACUGAAGGAUAUCGUAGAUGUAGAUCCUCUACAUCAGGGCCAGGCUCUCCUGGCUGCCAGCAAGAAGAGGAAAAAGCAGCAGAAAAGAGCAGACAAAAUUGCCACAAAGCUCUCAGACACCUUGACGUCUGCCAUGGACUUCUCAUUUGCUGAAUAAAUAUAAAUAAAAUAAAGUAAA